CUGCUGGCAGAGAUGCUUCGGCCCCCGAAUUUGCGAGGUGGCGGCUGGGCUGCCCGGCCUGGCAGCGCCCGCAGCCUCGCUCCCUCCCCUCGGCACCCUUCCCGCUGCCCCGGCAUCCUUCCCGCUGCCCCGGCCAGCUCCCGGAGGCUGCUGCCCCGCGGUGACACCCCGGGAUGUCCGGCGCUCCGCUCCGCCGGGCACGGGGCGGCUCCGCCCCGUACAAGAAGCGACCGACGGUUGUUCUGCUGCCCUUUGGAGCUGGGAGCGCUCCUUUGCCGCCGCCAUUGCUUCUUCGUCCUCAGCGUCCUUCCCCGGCAGGGCUGCGGCUCCCGCCGGAGGUGCCGGUGGCCGGCUUUAGGGAGCGAUGACGACGGUGCGGAGAGAGGCGUUCGGGCGGAUGCCCCCGGAGGAGGGAGGCGGAGAGGUGGAGAAGUUCGUCUUAGAGUCGGACAGCGUGAGAGUGGAGAUCCUGUCUUUUGGGUGCAUCAUCACCACUCUGGAGACAAAAGACAGGGAUGGGCAGUUUUCAGAUAUUGUCCUGGGAUUUGACACUUUGGAAGGUUACACGGCGAAGCACCCGUUCUUUGGUUGUGUUGUGGGCCGUGUUGCCAACAGGAUUGCGAACGGGAAGUUCAGCCUGGAUGGGAAGGAGUAUCAGCUGUUCGUCAACAAGGGGCCCAACAGCCUGCACGGAGGAGCCAAGGGAUUUGACAAGUUUCUCUGGAGCGCCGAGGUGCUCCCAAAUGGUGUCCGCUUCUUCCGGCUCAGCCCCGACGGCGAGGAAGGCUACCCUGGUGACCUGAAAGUCUGGGUCACCUACACCCUUAGUGGCAAGGAGCUGGCCAUCAACUACCAGGCCCAGACCAGCAAGACAACCCCCAUCAACCUGACAAACCACGCGUACUUCAACCUGGCAGGGCAGGGCUCCCGGGAUGUCUAUGACCAUGAGAUCUCCAUUGAAGCAGAUUCCUACCUGCCUGUGGACAGCACCCAGAUCCCUACUGGGGAGGUGGCCGCCGUGCAGGGCACUGGAUUUGAUCUCCGGAAGCCUGUGGAGCUGGGCAAGCACUUGCAGAAGUUUCACCUGGAUGGCUUUGACCACAAUUUCUGCCUGCAUCAGGGACAGGAUCGACACCUUGGGGCCAGGGUUUCCCACCCCCCCACCGGCAGGACCAUGGAGGUUCACACCACCCAGCCUGGCAUCCAGUUUUACACUGGGAACUUCCUGGAUGGCUCCCUGAAGGGCAAAAGUGCUGCCACAUACCCCAAGCACUCAGCUUUCUGCCUGGAAACCCAGAACUGGCCUGAUGCCGUUAACAAGCCUCACUUCCCCAGUGCCCUGCUCCGUCCGGGUGAGGAAUACAACCACACCACAUGGCUUGUGUUCGGCACUGCUUGAGGAGGAGGGCUGCUGACUCCCAGCACUGAGAGGGGACUUGCACUUCGUUGAGGGCUUCCUGAUGGUGAACGGCUGAAAGGAAAACAAUCCACAAUUAACAUUUCAGUAAUUGCUUGGGAAUCACAAAUACAGGAAAAAGCAACAGGAGUAUACCAAGACUCUGGCUCCCUUAAGCACUUUUUAAAUAAAAUAACCAAUCACUACUGACAACAGUUAAUGGGUUGAUGAUCUGGAGAUAACACUUUUUUUCUUUACUGUUAUUUUUAAAAUGAGAUCACUGUAAGGCCAUCCAAAGGGUAUUACUAAUAGUGACCUCCACAGGGGCAAGAUACUUCUUCACUGUUCCGAUACAGCAGCUUGUCAGAACCUAUCAGGGUGAUCACUCAGCAUUUAUGAGCACUUUUUCAUGCCCUUGUGAUUGUUUGACACUAAAGUUGUAGAAAUGAACUAUUAAAGAAUUCUAAAUAG